AUGGGGUUAUGGUCGUGGCUGAAGCGGAAGACGCGGCGGCCCCGCAAGCAGCGGCAGCCCCCAAUGGUCCCCACUGCUGCAGCAGAAACAGCAGCAGCAGCAGCAGCAGCAGCAGCAGAGCCUGAAGAGGAAGCAGCAGCAGCACCAAUUGUGCAGUACCCCCUCUACGACCCGCGGCACGUGGAAGCAGACCUGGAGGAGCCGCCGCUGCUGCGCCAGGGCUCUUCCGCUGCUGCAGCAGCAGCAGCAGCAGCAGCAGCAGCAGCAGCAGCAGGCUUCGCCUCCAGCUUCAGCAAACAGCUGACCGAAAUCCCCGCAGAGAGAAGCAGCAAAGAAGUGCUGUCAGUGCCCCACAGCGAGAGCGACUCGGAAGAAGAGCUGGCAGCAGCAGCAGCAGCAGCAGCAGCAACAGCAGCAGAAGAGGGGCCCCUCAAACCCUUAAGUGGGGACUCCAGCCCCUUGUCAGUGGGCUCUAUGGACUUCUCGGAGUCUCUGACUAGGGGCCCCUCACUGCAGCAGCAGCAGCAGCAGCAGCAGCAGGAGCCAGCAGCAGCAGCGCCGGAAGCAGCGCCGCAGCAGCAGCAGCAGCAGCAGGAGGCCCGCUGGCCCACGCCCCCGCCUCCCGCUGCUUCGCCCCCGCCAGCCUCCCCUGCUGCAGCAGCAGCAGCAGCAGCAGCAGCAGCAGGCUCCUCGCCGAGCCGCAGCAGCAGCAUCUGCAGCAGCAGCAGCAUCUGCAGCAGCAGCAGCUCGACGGAGAGCGCAGCAGCGUGCAGCGUGGCGACGACGCUGGAGACGCCGCGCGCUGCUGCUGCUGCUGCUGCUGCUGCUGCUGCGGGGCGCAGCAGCAGCAAACUGGAGAGCAGCAAGCAGCCGCGGCUGCUGCUGCUGCAGCCCCACGUGAGGCCCCACCCUGCAACAAUCCGGCAGCAGCGAGCAGCAAAACGAACUCUGCUGCGCUGCAGGCAGCUGCAGCAAGCAGUGGACCAUUUUGCUGCUGCUGGGGGCCUCAGGGCCCUCCGUGUGGGGCCCCACGACGCAGACAGCUGCGGGCCCUGCAGGUUCGCAGACUUCACUGACACGCCGCUGCUCUGGUAG